AUGAAAGCUCUCGUCUGCCUGUGCCUGCUGCUUAGCAGCUUCCAGGCACUCGCUGCACCAAGCUCCCCCGGAAACGGCGCAUCUGUCCCUUGGGACAUCUCCAAGCCCCUCAACGGCAUCACCUUCGAGCGAGUCAAGGCCGUGAAGCCGCCCACCCCUGAUCGCCCAGCACCUCGUUUCUCCCGGCUCCACAACAUCAAGGGCAAGCCUGGAUCCUUCACCUCUGUCUCUGCCCUUGGGAGGCUACUGAAAACUCCGCCAGCGCAUCAUCAGCACGUGUACCAGAACGUCAGCGCCACCGGAGAUUUCUCGACUCAGUAUGCCAUCCAGUGUGGUUGGGACGGCGUUCCCCUCUGGCUGCUGUUUGACACGGGUAGUUCGGACACAUGGGCCGUCAAGACCGGUUUCCGAUGCAACGACGGGGUCGGAGGGGGCAACGACCAGGAGGUUUGCGGAUUUGGCUCCCCGACCAUUGACGAAUUCAGCGGAGGUGCCAUCGAAGACCUCCACUUCCUCCUCAAGUAUGGUUCUGGCGAGCAGAUUGUUGGCCCCAUGGGCUACAGCGACCUCACCUGCGGUGGUGUCCAUGUGGCGCGCCAGCAGGUUGGCCUCGCCAACGACACAUACUGGCACGGGAACAACCUCACCGUGGGAAUCCUCGGACUUGCUUAUCCCUCCCUUACCAGUGCCUUUUAUGGCGAAGUGGGCAGCGAGGCCACAUGGAACGCCAUCUCUUACACCCCGUUCUUCACCAAUGCCAUUACGCAGGGAACCAUCGAUCCAGUCUUCAGCGUGGCCAUCCUCAAGAAUUCGUCCGAGGGCAUGCUCGCCUGGGGCGGGCUUCCACCCAUGGAUUGGCGGCGCGGUCGAAGCGCUGAAACGGAUCUCAUCAUUGCAAACUUGAUCGGCCAGGCUGAGACGGCGUGGAGAUACUCAUUCUACACCAUCAUUCCUGAUGGCAUAAAAUGGGGGCAGUCCACCGACACCACCAAGUUUCCGUACAUUGUCGAUACUGGCACGACGAUGAACUAUCUCCCGCCGCCAUUGGCCGAGCAAAUCGCCAUGGCCUUCCAACCGCGGGCGGUCUACUUGUAUCAGUGGGGAGCGUAUUUUGCGCCCUGCAACGCGAUCCCCCCUCAGUUCGCCAUCAUCAUCUCAGGGGUGGAAUUCUGGAUCAACCCCGCGGACCUCAUGUACCAGGAUCUCAAGGAUCCCCUGACGGGGUACUGCGCCGUGGCAAUUGCCAGCGGAGGGGCCGGGCCUUAUAUCCUGGGUGACGUGUUCCUCCAGAACGUCGUGGCCGUUUUUGACGUUGGAGCCGCCAAAAUGCGCUUCUACUCGAGGUAA